UGCAUCAAUAUAAGAUGAGAUCAUCCCUGGUGGACGUCCAUCCUGUUUGGAAAAAACAACUACUAUUUUUGUACAGUUAUGCCGGAUAGAACGGGGUUAUAUGGUACAUAGGAAUGAUGUUGUGAUACAUGAUGGACAGUCUCAUUGUGGACCUUGACAAAGUGUUGGAUGACUUUGAAGCAGAAGAGAAAGAAUCCUCCCAGAUUGUUCGUCAUUCCCCUACAGACUACUCUGAGUACAUCAAUGCUAACGAUGAUCGACCCUGGGAUGAAAUCAGUCAAGUACCUAUCAGUACCAACACCACAUGGACGUCUUAUGGCUCCGAGGAUGACAAAUGCUCCACAGCUGUUUACGAUGUACCCUACAUUCCUGCAGAGGCAUUUGACCUGUCUGAAGCCGAUUUUGCACCAUCUGUUGGAAAAAAUGGGAAAAGUACAUAUACAGGGCCUUUAGAUACAAAGGCAGAAGAUAUCUUUGAUAAUUUCACCAAAGAUAUUCAAAAUGCUAUUCAAAAACAAGAAAAUCUGCUAAAAGCGGUAACUGGAGGUCAUCAGGACAAUGGGAAAUUGGACAACAAUGUACUUGGUGAAUCAAAGCAAUUUAAUUCUUAUUCCACCAUCAGUAAUUCUAAUGUUAUCAAUAACUAUUCUGGUACAAUAGAUUUAAGUUGUAAACGCAGUGAUGUUGUGGAUACAACAGGGAUCAAAUCAAACAAUUUGACAGAAAAUCAGCUGAUAUCGUCAGAGCAACAGUUUUGUUCAAAUUCUAAUUUGCACUCUCCAAAUAAAGGAGAACAGACAACGACAGUGUUUGUGGCAGACAGCACUAACUGCAAAUACCCAAUACAGGUUGUGGACAGAUUUACACCAGUUGUGGAAAGUAAACAAUUUGAACCAGCAGUGCCAACAGAUAUAAAUCAAGUUAAGGAACACUUACCUAAUCAUCUAGACGAAAGCAAGAGUAACAGUUUUGUGGCUAAUGGUGAGAGGUGUGAUAAACCUCCUGUGAGUGGAAGUCCUAUGGAAGAGGAAGAUAGUCUAAUGGGCCGUAAUGAAAUGGAUGCAACUGAUUCACAACUGUCAUCUUUAUCUAGUCAGAAUGAAGCCCUAUCUGUCCCAGAUGUUGUAACCAAGCACUUAAAUGGUUCAGACUUGUCUCCAAGUCAUUGUCACAAUCCAAAUUCAAUGCAAAUGGACAAUGAGAGGCCGACAAAUGGGUUGGUAGCUGCAAGUGAUUUUGAAAAUGAUCCAAAUGAUAUAAACCCGACAGAAGCAACAAUGCAAUGUGAGGGAGCGGGGAUGGAUGCCUCCAAAAUAUCAGACAAUACAGCUGGUCCAUCUGUAGAAAUGUUGACAGAUGCCAGUGACCGUGUAGUUGGGUUUGGAGAGAUAGACAGCGAUAUGACAGAGAGUGACAUUAACACAUACUUAAGUGAUAUGCAGUGUGACCCAGGAUCUGUGGUCACUAGUGACCAACAAUCAGCAGUGAACAUUACAAGUCCUGAUCAUGCAAAUAUAUUAAACGAGAGAGGUUAUGCAAAAAAUUUUGAUUUGGUAAAUGCACUUGCAAAUAAAACAUCAAAAAUGGGUUCUGCCGAUGAACAAAUCAUGUCUGGCAAUUCAGUUCAAGGUUCAUGUGAUGUGAGCCAUUUAAACAGUAAACAUGAGGAUAUGUCAGGAGAUGUAGCGAUUAUUGAAUCGCCUGUGGUAGAUAUGUAUCCACCUCCUACAGACACAGGACUUACCUCGCCUAGUACUGCCAUCCAAAACUACAUUGCUCUGGAUGGACAGACCUCACCUGCAGGAAGCUCAAUAUCAUCAUUCGGGGAAGGUGCGCGUCCCAAGGAACUAUCCCGACCCAGCAGUCUUCGAGGCUUGUCAGUAGUUCCCUUUGAAGCAGCAUCAGAUAUUGUGAAACCAUCUGGUGAGAUUCCCAGUCCCCAGGAAAAUGGGGAAGUUAAUGAGAAUACUGACAGUGUUUCCCAGGAGCCUAUAGCAAGUCAAACAAUUCAAAGUACACAGGAAAACCACAAAUGUCAAACAGAAGCUAAUGAUGCUCUGCAAACAGAUGCUGUGAACCUCUGUGAUGACAAGGGUGUAGAUGGAGGAGACAGUGUGACUGAGUCUGCUUCACACAGACUGUCAGAGGGAGAGGCCGGGGAUGUGGAUAUGGAAGAUGCUCCUGUAAUGCGGAGGUCACAUGAGCCUCCUCCCUAUAUCAAUGAAUCACAGCGACCUAGUUCUUGGAGUCCUACCGGACCCACACUGGCAGUGCCCCCUCCUCAAAAACGUCCUAACAGUCUAAAUCUCCCGUCCCGGGGCGACUUGGUUGUGGGUAACUCUGAGAGGACACAAGCACCUUUUAGAUUUCCCUAUCAGGCGUCAAAUAUGGAAGCAGCCACUCCAGAAUCCAUGGAAACUCCAGAAACUGAUGUCCAAGGAGCUACAGAACAAGCACAGAAAGAACCAGAGGAGAGCCCAGAUGAGAUGACUGGGGCAGUAGGUAAUGUUGUUGAGGAAGGCAUCCCAACAAUGGAUGUUGAGCCAUCAGCCACACAGACAGAAAAUGCCCUGGGCAAAGUAGCACCCAGGUGGAUUCCUGAUGCUGAAGCACCCUUGUGUAUGGGUUGUGAGGCCAAGUUCACGUUCACAAAGCGACGACAUCAUUGUCGAGCUUGUGGAAAGGUAUUUUGUUCAACUUGCUGUAAUCUACGAAGUCGACUGGAAUAUAUGGAAAACAAAGAAGCGAGAGUGUGUCUGUCAUGUCAUCAGCAACUGGCAAUAGCGGAAAUUACCAGUGGAACAGGCCGCAGUCCCAAUCCCAAUAAUCCCAGCGAAUACUGCUCUACCAUUCCUCCCACACAGCAGGUGUCCUCCCGUUCACUCCCUCCCACAGUCAUGGUACCCGUGGGGGUGCUAAAGAGAGAGGGGAGCUCCAAACGAUCUGAACCAAAACAGGUGAUGUUCUCUGAUGGUAUCCGACCAGGUGGUGAUCUCACUGAGCUGGAUGGUUCAGAUGCAGCAAACAAGCUGCCGCCACGUCGAACAAGCAGGGCCCAAAAACGGGUGGACAGAGGCUCCCCAGAUUCUGGAAGGUCCAGUAAUAGAAAGUCUCGUCAUAGUGAGGCACGGAGAAACAAGUGUCUGAUACCAGAGAAUGGCCUGCCUCCUGUAAUGUUAACUAAAACAGACAAUGCAAUGGAUGAGAACCCCAACAUGGCUGAAUACUUAACACAAAUUAAAGAUGAGGAGGCGGAGCCUGUUGUUUUUGCUGUCAAUUCUAAUUUGUUUGUUCUCGUCAAAAUUGUCACACUUGACUGCUGUGUAAAUAGGACCUGUUGGUGUGUAACCACUAGAGGUAUGUGUACAGUCGGACAGGAUGAGAUUGUCAUUGUUCUCGAGGUCCUCCCUGAUGAAGACACACUUCCUCGAGACAUCCUCUGUCACUUCCAGACCAUGUAUGAGGAGGCAGGCAAAGGUAACACCGUCUCCGACAUGGGCCACACAAUAUUUAACCAGAGUUUCUUGAAUAGCCGCGACCAUGGUGGGAUGUUAUAUAUAUACCCCACCUUCCAGUGUCUACACAAACUGGUACUACCAAAGCCACCUUAUGUGUUUGGGAUACUGCUUCAAAAGUGGGAGACCCCCUGGGCCAAGGUCUUCCCCAUCAGAUUGCUGCUGCGACUUGGUGCUGAGUACAGAUAUUACCCGUGUCCUCUGAUUAGUGUUCGCAAUAGGAAACCAGUUUUUUUUGAGAUAGGACACACAAUCAUGAACCUGCUGGCAGAUUUCCGUAAUUUCCAGUACAUGCUACCCCAGAUAAAAGGAGUCACAAUACACAUGGAGGACAAGAAAACCAUCAUGAAUUUCCCCAGGAAUAGAUAUGAUGAUUUGAUGAAGGUUGUGAGUAACAGUAAUGAACAUGUGAUGGCCAUUGGAGCAAGCUUCAGCUCUCAAGCUGACUCCCAUCUGGUGUGUAUACAGAAUGACGAUGGCAACUACCAGACACAGGCCAUCAACAUACAGAACAAGCCUAGGAAAGUAACUGGAGCGAGUUUUGUGGUGUUUAACGGUGCUCUGAAGACAAGUUCUGGUUUGCGUGCGAAGUCCAGUAUUGUAGAAGAUGGCCUGAUGGUACAAAUAACACCAGACUCCAUGGUGGCCUUGAAACAGGCCAUGAAGGACAUGCGCGAGUAUAUAGUCGAAUGUGGCAGCAUCACCAACCCAUCUCCUGAUGAGGUCGUCAUGAUGCAGUGGGUCGACGAUGACAAAAAUGUCAACAUAGGAGUGAAAAGUCCUGUGGAUAGCAUGCUGAUGGACGGAAUUGAAAGUAUCCAUAUUCCUAAUGCAACUGACUAUGUAGGGGAGACCUAUAUUAUUAGGUGGACUGAUGUGUUCUUCAUACAAAAUGAGGAUUCUGGAUCAGCCAAGUGGGAGCCAGUAGACCUCAGUCGAUUGGCAGAGACAUUGUCCAAUGCCUGUUGUAUAGCUUUAACUCGACACCUCGACUCACUUCAUGAUGCUUCUCUCAUAAAGAUUGGUCUGCGAGUCAACAUUGAAGCAGAAAAGGUUGGUUAUGAGAUUGGUGCCAAUGAAGAGAAGUUACCCGAUGUUUACAUGAAUGACCUUGACAAUGAACUUAUCCCAGUGAUACACAGUGCAGCCUCUCAGAACCAUGGGGGUGCUAUAGUAUUAGAACUUAUAUUUCAUGUUCUCAAGUGACGUCUGUUAUCCUCUAGGACUUCAGAGUCCACUUUUGUUUACGUCAGUCACUAGGAUACACUUCAAUGACCUGUUGACCUCUAACACUUAAUUUCAGAGUUACUGUUGUUGAACUUUUUCACUUUGAUGUUCUUUAUGUAUGACCUUCUGUGAACUCUGUUACUAAGAUUCUUAAAUUAGUUAUGUCAACCUCUGUCACUUAAGAAUCUUCCCUGACCUUUGUUGACCUUCAUCACUGAAACAUACACUAAUGACAUUGGGGCAUGACCAAGUGACUUCUGUUGACCUUUAUCGUUGGAGCAUAUCUAGUGACCUCCUUUGACCUUUAUCUUUAGAGCAUGACUGAGUCACCUUUGUUGACCUUUGUCAUUGGAGCAUAUCUGAGUGACUUUUUGUUGACCUUUGUCAUUGGAGCAUAUCUGAGUGACUUUUUGUUGACCUUUGUCAUUGGAAUGUACUGGAAUUAACUUUAUUGUUGACAUCUAUUAGCGUAUGAAAACAUCUAGAAAUUGAAAUGGUUAAACACUACAAUAAUCAGUUAUUUUCCAACAUUUUUGCUCACCUGGUCCAAAGGGCCAAGUGAGCUUAUGCCAUGGUGCAGCAUCCGUCCAUCAAAAAGGUCACAGGGGUCAAAUAUCUUUAACCUUAAAACAACUUCUUCACACUAUCCAAGACUCCAAGCCACGAUAUUUGGCUGAUAGGUUCCCUAUGUAAGGCCAGACAAAUUUGCAAAAAGAAAUUACCUUGACCUAUUCAAGGUCAAAGCGGUCAAAUUCCUUAAAACGACUUCUGGUUAACUAAAAGGUCAAGAAUCAUGAUAUUUGGCAACUAGGGUCCUAUGAUGGAGCCCCACAAAUUCUACAAAAAGAAAUUACCUUGCACAAAAUUGUCAAGGUCACUGAUGUCAAAUUGUUCAAAUAUAUGAAGGACUUCUUCUGAUUAUCUUAGAAGCCUAGAAUGAAGUUCUUUUGACUAUAUGAAAGGUAGAGAUUCAUCAGACAAGUGAAUACCAAGUGAGCAAUGAUUGCCCAUUGGGCCUUUUGUAUUAGCACCACUGUUAAUGUUAACAAUGUUCCUUCUGAUCUGAUUAUGUUGCUCUAUGUGUAGAUAAGUUACUGUUACAAAUGUGUGUUUGUUGUCUCCUGGUGUGAUCAGUGAAUCAGAACCUGUGCAUGUUAUUGAUGUUUGGAUUUUUACUGAUAUUAAGAAGUUAAUGAUUAGCUAUUACAUAGUUAAUGGAAAUGAUUUAUUGAUGUUGGGGCGUUCUAGAACCUGUGUAUGUAUAUUUUGUGUUUAAAACAAAUAAUAAAUUCAAACUCAGUAUAUAGGACAUACACUAACUUUGAAGAUUUAAUCAAUGUUAUUUAUGAUCAUUAACCAAUCAAAUAAGCACAAAUUUUAGCUACUACUGUAGUUUAACGUUUUAACUUCGACAAAAUUAUGAAUUACAAAUUAGAAUUUCUUUGCUUAAUACUUAGAUUGGAAACAAAUCAUUACCAGCUUGUGAUUUGACUCAACAGCAUUUCAUUUCCAAAGAGCUUCACCUCUAGAUACUUUAAAUAUUAUGAUUGGUCUUCAUCUUGUCUGUUGAUCUGUAUAAUGACAUGUAGAAAGGUAUUUACAAAAAAAGAGCGUUUAAGGGAGGUAACUCCUAAACCAUAUCAUUGUGAGGUAAUGUAUCCUUUAAGAGACCUUCGCAUUUCACAGUUUGGGGAUGUAGGCUGUAGGAAACAUGGUAGGUUAACUUACCCUAGUUUGUGUGGUGUAGACUGUUAGCAGCUGAGUAGGUAUACAAUAGUUUUAGUCAGAAUUAUUCCGAAUGUUUUAUGAACUUUUUUUGUAUCCGUGUCAUACCAAUGAACACCAAAUAAAUAUUUUUUAAAAGUUGAUAAAAUGUCGGAAUAAUUUGGACUACCCUAGUUUGUGUGAUGAUUUACAGGACCUGUUACACAUAUUGUGUACCCAUCAGAAUCUGUAAUACCUUGUUUCUCAUUGCUUUAUUUAACAUAGUAUAUUGUAUUGUUACUACAAAGUUGUUGUUGAAUUAUAUGUUGAUUCUAUAUUUAUUUAACUGUACAUUAUAUGAAAGAAAAUUUAAUCUUUGUUAUUCUGGUGAAAGUUUUCAAUGAGCAGUUGUGUUUUUUAAAGAAAAUAGUUCACAAUAGUCUGUAUAUUUAUUUAUAUCCAAGAACAUGGCAAAACUAGAAAAUACAUCUUUUUCUUCAUUAACUAAAACAUAUGCUUCACCUAAAGUUGAGAAGGCGCUCCACACAUUAUCAUAUGCUGCCGUAAGAUAUAACUUAGACUAGUACUGUAGCUUUCAAAGUUUUAACAGAAAAUCAUUUGCUGAUGGUGCUAAAUGUGUCAAUAGAACUGUUUGAAGAACAUUUAAAAGAUCCCAAGUACACUACUUUUUUUUCAAAUCGGGGAAAACAAUGAACAAUGUCCUGCUACAUCAGGUUUGAAAAUUUGUACUUUUAAUUUUCAUGUACAUUGUAAUUAAAAGAUAAGCUGUAAGUGAAGGGAUGGUGAAAAAUGUGACAAAAAUGUUUCAUCUUCAGUUAAAAUGUUACUAGCUAGAAGUAUCUCAGUCCAACCAUCAACGAUUUCUGGGGACUUAUUUUGAUAUCUGUUCUGUAAAAUAGCAUGCUUUUUUUGUUUGCAACUAUUGGUCACAAAUAAGAUUUUUGCAUACUGAAUACCCAAACUAUUAUAUCAAAACUUUCCACUCUGACAGAACAUCACUUUUAAAGUAAGUUGUAAAUAGGAACACAUGUACAAAAAAAUGUAGUAUGAUUACUACAAAAUAUAAAAAAUUUAAAUGUGUUUUUGUAUUCAUUUGGGUUUGACAGAAAAGGAAUGUUAACAUUAUUGUUAACAAAUAUAGUUUGUUACUGCAGUAAAUAGCAAUCUGAUCAGGUAAUAAAAAUUGUCUGCUUAAAUGUCAAAGAGGAUUUGCAUUUGCAGCUGACUAUGUAUAUCAUAUCAAAUUAACGAGACAUUUACUAUGGUGCAGUUAGUUUUUAGCUCAAUUUGUGACAUUUUUUCAUGUUAUUAAAUUUAUUUGUUUCUCAUAUAUGUUUCAUGGUAAGCAGAAGAUUUUCUUGCGAUCUUGUCCACUUUUAGCCCUUUAAAUGAUUGAUCUAAAAAAAAAAAAAAAGUUUUGAAAUUAUACAACACUACUGGUAAUUUUGAGUGCAAUAUCACAACUUGCAUGUACAAGUGAAAAGUUUUAUAUUACCUGAAGUCACUGAUCACCCAUUCAGCAUGGUCAUAUUAGUUACAGACUUAUUUAGGAAGAGGGGAUUUACAAGGAGACAUAUCUCUGUUAACAUACUUCCUAAAAUUUGUCCCUAACAAUAAUACAACAUUAAGGCUGGAAACACAUCACAUUUUUAUAAAUCAGUCACACUGAGAAUGGUACAAUUUACUGGCUAGAAAACACAUCUCUAACUUGUAUACUUCAUUCUGAGUUCAUUUCAGUUAAAAAUGUAUGCCAAAUUAUUAAAGGUUAUCUUAAAUAAUUAAGUUCCAUUUUUAAGAGCAUUGCUUGUUGGGGUUGUCAUCCCUGGAGUAAAACAUAUGGCUGAUCUGACUAGAAAAUGGACGUAACAAUUCUCGAACAACAUUUAUAAUGUACUUUAGAAUACAGUUGUUUACAUGUAUCAAGGUAAACGGUAAUACUGCAUCAGAUGUUACCUCACAGGAGAGUACCAGUACCACAUUUUGGUUGUUUUUGUCGACUAUUUCAUGAAAGAUUUUCUAGCCGAGAGUUGCAUCCCCUGUCAAGACAUUUGCCUUCUUUCUGAAUUUUGCAUUCUUAUUUACUAAAUAGAUAUUCGUAAAACGUUAUUAAGUUUAUUCUCCAUGGUUUAAAAAUAUAAAAACAAAGAUUUUACGACGGUGACACUGAGUGGCCUUGACUUGUCAUUGCCCUUUACAUCGCUAGUAACCGUAGUGUAUCCUUACAAACAUCUGUUACAGUAGUUAUCUAUAGAGUUUAAUGUACAAAGUUUUCAGUGAACAAAAUCGUGUCAAGAAUUUAGCUAGUUUUAUUUCAAUAUGUAGAUAACAGAGUGCAAGAAUGUUUACCUAAGACAAUGUAGAUGUAUUGUACACUGUGUAAAUUGACGGUUGUGUGGUCUCAUGUUAUAGGGCUUGUGAUAUGUUUUAGAAUGUAUGAAUUAAUAAACUUUUUACAGAAUAUUGUUUGUAUAAAUGAUCAUUAAAAACACUUUACAUAGAGCCCUUUAAUUACAAUCUGUAAAGGAAAACCUUACCUUGUUAGUACCGUAGUUUUAACAGUAAGCUAUGGGGAAGCUUUGUACUUGUAUAUAUUUCCACACUGAAGGGAUUACUCUUCAAAUUGUGUUUCUGUCUACGAAAAAUAGAAAGAAGUAAAUAUUAUUUCCAUUAACAACUAGUACUUUCACUUGGAUCCUUUUACCAGUGAAGAUAAAACAAAUAUUGGCUACAUCUAAUAUUAUGGAGUGUGUGUUGUUUUGUUGAUUUUAGAGUGUAUAUAUAAAUAUAUAUAUAUGAAGUACCUGUAUAUAGUUGUACACCUUCCUGGGAAGUGGCCAACUACAAAUCUUUGUCGGAUUUAUAUUUUGGGGGCACAGAGAAAUAAACAUUGAAAUGUCAGUUAAA